AUGGAGAAUAUUACUAAAGAUUAUUCCUCUCAAGAAUUCUCUGAAGUUCCAGAUGAAAUUAUAAGAUCGUCUGAUUUUGAAAAUUUAAUUCUUGAUUUCAAUAAUAUCGCUAUAAUUCCCCCUACUUUGUGUGAAAGGCUAUCGCAUCUUAAAUGCUUGUCUUUAAAUGGAAAUUUUUUAGAAACACUUCCACCUGAACUCGAUCAAUUGUCAAUGUUGAAUGAACUGUACUUGAAAGAAAAUGAAUUGCUAAGUUUACCAGAAACUCUGGGUAAUUUGAAAUUUUUGAGGGUGUUACAUCUAACUGGAAACCAUCUUAAAAAUUUUCCUGAAAAAAUUUGCUCCUUGAGUAAUUUAAGCGAGUUAAUUGUAGAUGAAAAUAAUGUUGAAAAAUUACCAACUGAGUUUGGAAAGUUAUUGAAUUUGAAGCAUUUGGAUUUAAGCUCUAACGCUAUUAGUGUUUUGCCUACUGAUUUUGGACAACUGAGUAGUUUGAUAGAGUUGAAUCUAUCAAACAAUGUUUUGAUGGUGUUGCCAGAUAGUUUUUCAAACUUGCCUUGCUUGGAAAUAAUAGACUUGACCCAUAAUAAAGUCAGCACAUUGCCAGAAAAUUUUCGAUCUUCAAAAGUUUUGAAAAAACUACUUCUUUCGCAUAAUAAUCUUGUUUGUUUACCACCUUGGUUUGCCGAUUUAGAACACAUAGAAGAGAUUUUUCUUGAGUGUAAUGCUUUACAAGAUAUGCCAUUUCCAGAAACUUUUGGGGAUGUUUCAGUUCAUUUAGAAUAUUUAGAUCUUAAUGGAAAUAAUAUCACACUUUUAUCAGAAAACUUUGGAAAUUUAAAAAACUUACGAUAUUUAGAUUUAGGUAGCCCUCUUGAUGAGCCUGAAAGGAGUAGAUUUAUAGCAAAUGGCAAUUCUUUGCACUGUUUGCCAUCUUCUUUCACAAAUUUGCAAUGCUUAACAGAUCUUCAGUUGGAUGAGAAUGAAAUUAAAGAGCUUCCUUAUGAUUUUGGAAAUUUAGUGAACAUCACAUUUUUGGAUUUAAGUCAUAAUAUUCUUAAAGCCAUACCUGAUAGUUUUUGUCAGCUGAAAAAUAUGAAAACUUGUAUUCUGUCCAUGAACUACAUUUUGUGCUUGCCAGAGGAUUUUGGUUUGCUCUCUGCAGUACAAGAUUUGAAAUUGGAUAAUAAUUUACUCUCCCAAAUACCUAAAUCUUUUGAAUGUUUGUCAGAAGUUGUGAGCCUCGACUUGUACAAAAACAAAUUAACUGAAAUUCCUAGUGUUUUGACUGCUCUAAAGAAUUUGAAGCAUCUUGAUCUUAGAGAAAAUGAUAUUGAUUUAGGAUUAGAUGAACUACCAGAAAUAUUUUAUUCCCCUACCUACCCAAGAAGGGAUCCAGAACAUAGUAACAAUUGGCGUGGAAGAAUUCGAGAAGAUAUCUCCUCUGCUUUUUGGGUUGAUUCUAAAGAAGCCAAAAUGACUGAUGAUAGUUCAGAAAAUUAUGUGUUGUAUCAAGCUUUGAAGUCCUCAUCAUCACUUUGGAGAAAACAUGGCCAAAAUGCAACUAGAGAAAGUUCUGCCAACAUAGAUGGUCAUGUUUCAAAUAAGCAUGAUGAUAGUGGUAGUACAGAAAUAGCUGAGUCAGAUUCAUCAUCUGCAGGGUAUUUUAGCAUUACACGCUCUGCAACAUCCCUAAGUGAUUGUGAUUUCCAAAUAAACAAUAAAGAGUCAUCUGAAAUUUCUUCCUGUCAAAAUGAAUGUGAUAAUACCACCACAGAUGUAGAAUUUUGGGAUGAAGAUCUAUUACCUGUUCCGCAACCUGAAUCAGUGUAA